ACAAAACCCCCUCUUUAUUUCUGGGAAAUUGCCCAAAUAUGUAAUUGCAAGCGACUGGCUAUAAAAACCCUCAAACGCCUAACAACACAUGACAUUCCCUUCAGCCACAGACGCCGCCGCCCGUCGCGGUUCCCUUCUAAAUCCAAAUCUCCACUUCUCUCUGUUCAAUACACAAAUCUCUGCUUAAUCGAUGAACCGCCGCCGAUCGGAAUCGGAAUCGGAAACGGAAACGGAAACUCCUACCUCUCCGACCGCCAUGGGCUACCCCGUAGGCUACUCCGACGGCUUUCCGAUUUUCUCGAAUCCACCAUCGUUUGCCCCCAAAAUCCUCCCUACAUCUUCCACGAUCGAUCCGUAUCGCCGCUCCUCAUCGACGAAUUCGUCCCCGUCGUCAAAUUCUCCGACAUUGUCGUCUCCACCAGAGCCGGAUUUCCGCCGGAAUGUUGCGCCGUUUGCCUCUGCGAGUUUCAGGACGAUGAGGAGCUUAGGUUUCUGAAGAAUUGCAAACACAUUUUUCACAAGAAAUGCUUGGACCGAUGGAUGAUUCGCGAUCAGAGAAGCUGUCCUCUCUGUAGAACCCUAAUCGUGCCGGAGGAGUCAAUUCCGCCGCUCAUGGAUUUUCCCGGCUGUUCUGAGUUUUUCGGCGACUAUAGUUAGGUUGCCUUUUUUAUUAACCAGACGAUUGGUAGUGGUUAUGUAGAUAAAUUAGAUUUUAUUUCCUAAAAAUUAAAAUAAAUA